CUGUCCUAUUGAAAGAGUGUGUUUCUGGUUGUUUCAACUCGGUUUGGAAAGAAGUGUAUCGUUUGGUUCAGUUGACACAAUCUGUGAACUGUGAACUUCUUCGGUGACUAAUUUUGCAAAGACGACUCGACCUCGACAACAAACGACGGUAACAGUGUUUCGCCGGUCGAAGCCAAUCAAAGAACGCGUUCCUCGAAGCCGUUAAAAGACAGAUACAUCCAUCACAAUGGUCUCCACGCGACAAAUGACUGGUGCAACCUCGGAAGAGUCGUGUCUUCAUUUAUUCCGCACCACCGGACCAUCUGCAUCGUCGUCUUCCUCGACCAAUAUUGGGGCGGCAUCGUCAACCACCAGCAGCUCUAGCAACAAGGGAGCCACGGCACCGGGCGGUGGUGCGCUACAGAGUAGCAGCAGCAGCAGCAAUCACCCGGUGCCAAAUCAGCCAUCCGCGGGGACCGAGUUAAGAGAGUUAAACCUGAUGGACCUGCCCACGGAGCUGCUGGAUCAUAUAUUGUCCUAUGUGGGCUACAAACAGAUUGGCCAUAUGCGAGUGAUAUCACAUCAGAUGAAUCAGGUGUGCAGUUCGAAAUUGAACUCCACUUUUCAAAAACUGCAAAAUCAAAUGCAAACCCGCUUUCACACCGUCAAAGCAAAGAUGCCCCGAAGGGAAUCGGCGCGACGGAACCAUCCACUGGCAUACGAAUGCGAUAUCCUGGAGACGUGUUACAUGCGCCUCUCGUUACUACAAAUGACGUUUGGUAAACAUAUCGAAAGGAAGCACUGUUGUUUUUUCCCCGGCGCGAUUCUCGACGAGGUAUAUUCCGUAAUAAGUUACAUUCGCACAACACCGGCACUAGAUCGUCCGUUCAAGGUGACCGACGAGCUAUUCGAUCUCUCUACUAUGGCUAUGGAGUACUUCAAGGAGCACAUAGAACCAAAUUUACCUGAUAUUGCUUAUUUCACCAAGAGUACAAAGUCUUUUGCGGCCCUGGAGACCUCGUCUUCACUACUGUCUCGCGAUACAUCACACUCGAGUUCAUCCUCCCCACCGCGGAGCAAUAUGGUGCUCCGGAAGGGUAUCCGAAAGAUAAAGCAGGGCAUGAAGCGGUAUAAUGAUCAACUGUCCGUGUUACGAGGUGAGCUGCGCACGUUUAAGCGUAAGGCCACCGAACAGGCCAAAACAAUUACCGAACAGCAGAAGUUGCUGACGGAGCAGCAAAAACAAACGUUGGAGUUUGCGAACCGGCUCGAUGAAACGGACAAAAAGAAUGAAGAAUUAUCAAGAAAGUUUUCGACGGUUCUGCAGGAAUUAAACAAAUGCAAGACCGAGUUGCAAUACUGGCGUUCGAAUAGUCCCGCCGUGACGAGCUGCAAUCCAUACGGUGGGGUUAUGGUGUCAGAGGAGCUAAAUGAGUUGGUCAGCAACCAAAACGAGACACCAAACGACGAAGUUGAGCUGCUUGCGAUGGGUAUGAACGAAGGUGACACCAGCUUAGAUACCGUCACAGGCGAUAAUCGGGAACAGGGGGUAGCACAUCUUGGAGACAAUCAUCUCUCAACAACGACGACGGUAGCAGCAACAGCAGCACUGCUCGUCCCUAUCGAGGCACACCAACCUUCGUCUCCCAAGUUAGGGCAAAAGCGAAAAUACGAAUGUCUCGUGGUGGAUGAUGAGCUGGACGGGAAAGAUUCGGCAUGCGUUAAUCCACCGUUUGCGUCGGCUCCACUAGCUUCCUUGGUUGCUUCGUAUUCGUCGUCGUCGGCGGCAACAAACGGUAACGCCUUGGUUGCGCCAGUAGCUUCGACAUCAUCCCCGGGAACGGUCAUACUGUCAAAAACAUCCGCGGCCGAGCCCACGGAAUAUGGGCAGAACUCAAGCGAUCAAUCGUCGUUAGACACCGGGUUGCCAACUGUUGUUACUUCGAAUGCGGGUCACUCGAUCAACGAUGGAACAUCCGCAGUAACCUUACCAACGUCCGGAACGGUUGGUACGGCUGCUGCAGUAACUUUAUCAUCUCCCGUAUCAUUAUUGGCAACGGAAGCAACCAACACACACACGGCACCACCUUCUCCGGCUGCUCAUCCAGCACAACAUACCAAUCAUUUUCUCACUUUGGGCGCUGGUGGUAAUGGCAACAACAGUAGUGUUAGCAAUAGUGUUAGUAGCAAGCAUAGUAGCACUAGUAAUGAGAACACUAAUCAUAACAAAAAACUACGGAGAGUACAAAACAAAGCUAGAUCACAAAGUAAUAAUCAUAUUAAUCAUAAUGCUAUGAGUUCGGCAGCGAACGUUAAUACAAAAACAACUAGAAGUAAACAAUCAGAAAAGUAAUCGGAAUGGGUUUGAAAUAUAUAUACACCUAUAUACGAGUAUAUAUAUAUAGUUGUUUGAUUGGCGGCUUUAUCUGCUGCCGAAACCGAAUGGUCAGAAAAGUAAAACGAAAACAACAGUCAUUGAGCAGCUCAUUUAGGAAGAAUUUGCCAGGAAAGAGAGUAGUAGACGUCCUAGUUAAUAUGGAGAUUGUAGAACCUUGAAUCUAUUUGUCAAACCUCAUGCGAGCAGAUACUGGUAGCCCAGGUACGGCCAUUGGCACUUCAUUCGAAUCCGACUACAGGAAACAAAGAAAGGUUUUUCGUUCUUUGUCAUAAUUGUGCGCAAAAUUAGUGGAGGCAAUAGGACCCAUUUCUUUUCAUUAACUGGGAACCGUUAACAACAACAGUCCUUUGGCAGAUUGUUUGGUAAUUUCAGCUCAUUUUAACAACUUUCGAAUUGUUGCUAAGAGCGUGCGUUGGUUGCCAGGCUCUGGUCCUAUCCGCAAUAUUCGUUGGAACCCGAUAUGGAACUCGAUAUUCGAUCAACACAAAGUAUUUGGUAGGAAAUGUUGUCCCUUUGAAUCACAAGAAAACAGAGAAUUGAAGCUUUCAAUAUAUUAGUGCAUGAUUGAAUAAAUUGAAGAUGCUAAAUAGACAAAACGGUAAUGUUGUACAGUCUAUCCAACUGUAUCCAUCUCGCACUACGACGAACUGACCAAAAUCUGCAUUUCGUUUUUUUGCCAUCGGUUGUACUAGAAACUAGUCGCCAGUUUAGCCGGCAGAUAGGAAGUUCGUUCGAAGCGCGUAAGAAGUUGUGAUUGUGGUAGCUAUUCCCACUUUUCGAUUUCAGGCAAUGUUUGAUCAAAAGGUUUCUUCUGUGAGCGAGCUGCGUAAACUUUACGCGUGCGAACAAAACCGUCGAAGCGGAACACUCUGGGAGAGACAGUAAUGCGCACUCAUUUUUGAUUCGAAACACUUUAUGUAGUAAUGUUAUGAUUCACGCCAGAGUAUUGUUUUACUGCGAAUAUAGCGUCUAUCAAACGGCGCGAUGAUGAUGGGAUGCACUUACGCAUGUCACCUAGUUUUCUAGCGCCCCGCAUAGUAAAUAGUUAGUGCGAUAUGAGUUUUCAUUGUUAUUGAGCAUAAGAAGUUUUCGAUUUUAACUUUGCCCAUUGACCCACCGAGUAAAAAACUUCCUUGUAUCAUUUCGUUCGUACUCAUCUGUUUUUCGAUCAUCUUCAACUGGUGCUAGGGUACGUCAACUUCAGCCAUUUGUACGAUUACAUAGUGACGCCUUUUACCUAAAUACUUAAAGGAUUCUGGAACAGGUCAGGUCAAUUUGGCACAAGCUGCCACCGUACUAAAUUCAAUGAAAGUUGAUAAACAACAAUGCCUUGCAAGCUACUACAAAUCGGUUCCACUUGAACUCGUAAAUUGACCGGGUCGGUGUCGGUGAUUAAUCAAACAAGCAGCAGGGCCAUUCAAUUUCCGAACACGAUUUCGUUGAUGCAGAGGUGUUUCGUUUGGAAUUCUCACUUGAAGUUGCUUUCAAUGGGGUUCGUCGUGUAAUAAAAUAAGUGCGUCACUAACGGCAAGGGAAACAGUUUCAUAAAACAGAUACAUACGAUACACGUUGAAUGAUUGCAACAAAGUAGUGCUGAAUUUAUACUUUCUUAAAUGUAACAUACCAAAACACAAAACACACACAGACACACCCUUAUCUACAAAUGCUAUCAACACUCAACUAGACACAACAUUCACAGACGAGUAUAAAGAACUAUUCACAAGUGCAAAUAUACACACACUCAUCCGUGCGAAAGAUGCAAACGUCUAAUUAUUAUUUUUGUAGUAGAUGCUAGUUUUAUAAGCAAACAUAAAACAAAAAACUAAACCAAUUGAAUAUAUCCCUUUAAAACAGUAGUAGAGUCGAGUAGGAUACCCUCUUUAAAGUAAAAUGAGCUGGUGAGAUAGUUGACAUGCAUGUGUGUGUGUAUGUAAUCGAAAACAUAAAUGUUAUACUAUAAAAGCGACGAGCCAGCAGCAAAUGCGGAACGAGUUUCGAUUUAUGCUGAGAGAGAGGUGUAAAACAAACACAUGAAAUGCCUAACAAAAAAUUAACAAACAACAAUACCGAUCAAAGGAUGAUCCUUUCUCGAAAACGCUCUUCACCCUCACACUUUACAUUCGCUGCGCAAACGACGGCCACAGAUUUGAGGUAGGCAGGAAGCGAAAAAUCAAAAUUUUUACAUUUUAGUAUUCGGAAAGUAAUCGAACAAAACUCUACAGCAAGCGAAAAUGAGAAAUCGAAUGGAGUGAUACUGUUCUCUGAUAAGAUGGUCUCUUCUCACGAAAAUACAAGGCUCCUCGAUGCAUUAUAUCAAAUUAUGGAUGGAGCGCAAACGGAAACACCACACAAAACCGGAAACAAAUUAAAACGCUAAGAAAACGCAACUCUUUUAAGCCAUAGUCCACGUUUUUACUGCGAAUGGAAGCCCGAGUGCGAUCAAUUCACAACACAAACCUAUCCAAGCACGAGGAAAGGCAAGAAGCUGUAGUUCGACGUAUUUUGUAACAUAAACGUGUUAUAGAGCGGUUCCCUUAUCCAACCCGCGCCUUGCCGCGGCUCCGGUUCCGGUUCCGUGCAUCAUAAGUAGUGUUUCUCUUUGUCCGGCGUAGCAAAACAGCAGUAGAACAACCAACCAAUUGUACAGUGUGGCAAGGUAGCGUAUAUUAGACGUGUGUAGUGACAAACGUAACUAUUAAAGAAAGCAUGAACACUGGAACACUGGAACCUGUAUAAACCCUCCAUUAAAACGCGAUAAACACACACACGGACAUAAACUAAAAAUCAGAACGCUAAAAUCUAUGACAUUAGCGUGCGCAUUUCAAUAGCGUCGUGAUUUCUUUCCGUUCCAGUGUUACGAUCGCUAUUUUAUAUAAUUGUAUUCCCAGUUCGUAACUCUUGUUCUACGUUCAAUCUUUUUGAAACGUACCAGUUAACGCCGGUUGCGCAAUACGCAGCAUACCAUAUCCUAUACGCGCUGCGCAACUGCGGAUUGUUGCAAGCUGAAUUGCAGCAACAAUGAACACACUCCUAUCGACCAACUUCAGUAGAACCGAGCGUCGUUAUGCCGUUAUUUUAAUUGCCUCGAGACGAAGGUUAGCGGAAUACAUAGCCAAGGGAACCAUUUUUUCUAGCAAAUGUUUCACACCCGUUGAAAGUCAUGCUUUAAUACACUGUGUAAGAGGCAACCAACCCAAUCCAGGCAAAACGAAAUCAAAAAGGAUUCAAGGCAAAAUGAACCAACGACGCCACGCGUGUCAACUUCAGGCAUUUUCGACAUGAUUGAUAACUUCUAAGGAAACUUUACGAUGGCGCAUAAAAAACAGAAUAAUAGCACGCGAUUAAAUAAACAUUUCCUAGCUUCUUUAGUAGUUCAUAUAAGAAAAAAAAACAGGUCAAUAAUGUUUAUGAUGUACAAAAUGAGAGCAAACAAACAGCAGCCAACCUCCGUCUCUUCAAGCUACACAAUACAAAUGGUAGUGAGUGAUCCAACAUGCUUUAUGUUUCAUGCGCGUUACGAAAUGCUUUCAAAUUGUAUCAUUUUUCCAUCACCAGCAAUAGUUUAUUCAGUGCAAACAUUUGCUCGUCGCUGGUUGGUUUUGGACGAAGGUGAACGUUCGUGAACAGUGAAUUUUAAUCCUUUAACCUGUUACGAAAUUAGUAGAACAUAUUUUUAAAAUAUUGCAAGCUUAAACCAAAACAGAGCAAAAAACACAAAGCAAAACCAACUUCUGUAUGUUUCUCGUUGCACAACGCGUACUGGAUCACAGCGGAUUAGAGUGGGACGAGUGGGAGAAGUAUAAGCAAAUCAGCGAAACAAUAUAACAACAAAAGGAAAGAGAGAGGGAGAAAGAGAGAAAGAAAAC